UAGUUGGAUUGGGCUUUACGGUGACCGACAAGGCUUUGGUGAGUGGCUAUCAUGCUUUCAAUCAAAAAAAAAAAAAAGAAAAAUGACAAUUUUUGUUUAGCGCUAUAGUGUGGCGCACUUUGUGUCAUUGAAGGUAUUAACGGGAUUGUGCCGGAAUGAGAAAAAAAAACAUGUAUGUAUACAUUGUAUUGACCGUAGUGGUGAUCAAUUGUAACAUAAAUCUUGCUUCGUUUCUCCGUUGUAUAAUUCCCCCUUUUCCCUUUUUUUCUUUACUUUCUCUUCUUUUUCCUUCCCUCACCUUGGGCUUGUCACUUACUCCUAUCGUAAAAUAGAACUUCUAAGUUACUCCAUUACUAUCACCGUCAAUGUCGUUAUCCUCGUUAUCGAAUGCUUUACCGCCCACCCCAUCCCCGACGGACAAGGUGGAUCAUGGGAUCCCCGAUAAACCUGAUCGUCAUUCGCACCAUCGCAAGCACUUGGGUCCUUAUGACUUGCUGGAGACUUUAGGUAUGGGUGAAUUCGGGAAAGUCAGGCUAGCCGUUCACCGCGAAACUGGUCAACAGGUAGCUGUCAAGGUGGUCAAAAAGCGGGAUGUGGAGACAGCAUCUCGGCGAGAUAAAAUCGAUAGAGAGAUUAGCGUACUAAACAUCCUCCGUCAUCCUCAUAUCAUCAAACUCUUGGAAGUUAUUGAAACAGAAUCGUCUAUUGGCAUCAUUAUGCAAUAUGCUGAAGGUGGCGAGUUGUUUGAAUAUCUGUACAAGCGACGACGACUAGGUGAAAAUGAGGCCAAGCGACUCUUUGCUCAAUUGAUUAGCAGUGUGCACUACAUGCAUGAGAAAAAGAUUGUUCACCGUGAUUUGAAAUUGGAAAAUCUCCUUCUUGAUAAAGACCUAAAUAUCAUUGUUUCCGAUUUCGGGUUUGCAAAUCAGCUGUCUCAUAAUGACGAUCUAUUAAUCACCUCAUGUGGGUCUCCAUGUUAUGCCGCGCCGGAAUUGGUAGUCAAUGACGGUUCUUUGUAUUCUGGUUUCCCCGUCGAUGUGUGGUCCUGUGGUGUUAUACUGUAUGCCAUGGUAUGCGGUUUCCUGCCUUUUGACGAUGAUCCCAGUAAUCCCAACAGUGAAAACAUCAACCUCCUCUAUCGCUAUAUUCUAUCCACUUCAUUGACUUUUCCUGACUGGGUCAGCCCACAGCUGCAAGAGCUGCUUCGGGAUAUGCUCGCUCCCAUGCCUCAGCAUCGAUCCUCUCUUGAAUCCAUUCUUGUUCAUCCCUGGCUUGAGGAUUACUGGUACUUGUUUAAAAAAUCACCACAACAAUUGGAAGAAGAAGCCGAAGCGACGAUUCAAUCGCUUAAAGUCCCUCAUGAACCCAAUCCGUCGGCCGUGCAAGAACCUUUGCCUACUUUGUCCCACGAAAUAGAAAAGGCAAACAACCAGCCUACCAUGGAGGCGACUUUGGGUGGCCUGGAUACCGUCCAAGAAAAGAGCGAAAAGAGCGGUUCCACUUUUGAUCCCACAGACACAGGAAACCAAAAGCCGCCACCGUCUGCUGUUCACAUCAGCGCCACAUCUCCGCCACCAUCAACAUCUGUCCGUAAAUCAAGGCUUUACAACAUGCUGCACCACAAGCGAUCUGCAAAUCGUGCAUCUUAUCAUUCAGAAAACGACGCAGACUACAAUGACCAGACGCACCCAAAUAACAAGGAUUCAGCACGGCGUCAGAAAAAGGCUGGCACAUUGAAAACCAAGUUUUUGACCGGCAUCCGCGGCAUUUGUUCCCCUCAACCUUUGAUGGAACGCAAACAAGAGAACCGUGGAACGUGGCGCACGUCCAAAUCAUUUCGCUUGAUGAAGCGCAAAUCGCCAGUGUCCUUGGAGCAAACUUUUUCAUCCCAAGGUUCCGAUAGUCCGGUGGAUUUUACCAUUCCCAUGACGCCCGUGGACCGCUCCUUUGCCAACUGUGACCAUCCAGAUGGACCACCAAAAUCGUUCACUUGUGAAGAAAGAAGUGUCCUCGUCCAUGAUCAUGAUUCAUCCUGUGGCAUCCACCGAAUCCAAUCAUCUCGUAUCCACAGAGUCCAACCUUCUCGUAUCCACUGCAUCCACACGUCCUGUAUCCACCGAGCCCCAUCCUCCCGGAUCCACCGAAUCCAAACGUCCUGUAUCCUCCGAUUCCGGUCGUCCUGCUACUGACCCAAUU